AUGGAACCAAUAAGUUAUAUUAAAGGAUCUGCUAAUGAUGCAGCAACUUUACCAAUAAAAGAUGGGUCAUAUCACUGGGAUUUCAAGAGACCUUUAUCGAUAUCAUUAGUUCAAUUAACAAUCACCUCAGUUAUACAUGGAGCACAUCCGAUUACAGAUCUUUGCCUGGUAAUAAUCCUGCCAAUUCAUUGUCACAUUGGAUUUGAUGCAACUAUUACAGAUUAUUUGCCAGCUCAUAGAUCACCAAAACUUAACAAAUUGUUUACUUGGGAUUAA